GUCUAGUUGGUGAAGAACACCGCCAAAGUCCACAAAACAACAAGCGGUGGAGGUAUUUAUUUGUCAGCAUGAAGGAGGCUCUAUAAUAUAAAAUGGGAUGUGUCUACUGUCCUCGGUUGAAAAUAGCCUUCUAUUCUUCUGUAUCAGCCAAUUCACAUCAACAACCCGUGAACAUCACAGUGCAACUGUUUUCUGUGUUGGAAUACAGUGAGGUACAAUAUACAAAAUAAGGAAUUACACCAGCAUGAUUCAAACCUGUCACAUGUAUUGAUUUGUACGAUAUUAUCUUCAGCUGUUUUUUCUUGCAUGAGGAGCUUUCAUAUGGACAUUUCAUCGAUCAGAGGGUUACCUGAACUGGGGGUAAUAGAGGAUCCUAACUUUCUCCAUCAGUGGCAGUUAAACUCUAUUGAUACAUGUGCUGCUUUUGAAGAUAUUUUGCAAAAGCACUCGUUAUCUGAUAACUCAAACUUCAACCCCAAAACAUCCAUGGAAACAUCACCAACUGGAAAUGAAAGACCUGCAAAACAGCUCAGAAACAACAACUGGAAUCACAACAAAAGUCAACAGAUCUCGGACACACAAUUUGCUUCAUGCUCAAAUCUUCUUUCGUUUGUUAACUCGAAUUACACAAGUGAAUUGGGAGUAGUGAAGCCUAAGGUGGAGAUGGUGUGUCCUAAAAUCAAUAACAGCACUCUUGCUGACAUGUUGAUCUCUCAAGGAACCUUGGGGAAUCAAAACUAUGUCUUCAAGGCUUCCCAAGAGGCCAAAAAUAUUGAGACACGUCCUAAACUUUCUCAACCUCAAGAUCACAUAAUUGCUGAGAGGAAGCGGAGAGAGAAACUCAGCCAACGGUUCAUUGCUCUAUCUGCUCUUGUUCCUGGCCUAAAGAAGAUGGACAAAGCUUCUGUUCUUGGAGAAGCUAUCAAGUACUUGAAGCAAAUGCAAGAGAAAGUGAGUGCUCUUGAGGAGGAACAGAACAGGAAGAGAACUGUGGAAUCUGUGGUAAUUGUGAAGAAAUCUCUGCUAUCUAGUGAAGCUGAAGAUUCUUCUUCUUCAGACACUGGAGGUACAGUUGAUGAGGCACUACCUGAAAUUGAAGCACGAUUUUGUGAAAGAAAUGUCCUCAUAAGAAUACACUGUGAGAAGAACAAAGGCGUCAUAGAUAAAACAAUCAGCGAAAUUGAGAAACAGCAUCUGAAAGUCAUCAAUAGCAGUGCCAUGACAUUUGGAAGUUUCAUCCUUGAUAUAACCAUUAUUGCUCAGAUGGAUACGGAAUUUUGCAUGACAGUGAAGGAUCUUGUGAGAAGUUUACGCUCAGCUUUUUCAUAUUUCGUGUGAAGAAGUCUAAUGUUUACUUCACUAUGAAAGGUUCAUGAAGAAUAGGAGUGCAAUCAAUAUAUAUAUAUAUAUAUAGCAGUUCAUAUUAUCAAGUUUAAGUUCUUCAAUAAUAUUUCUGUUUCCAAGGCCAGCCAUGUCUUCCAUCUUAAUUAAACCAUUUACACCAACCUUGUUUGCUCCAUGGUUCAUUUUGCAGGAGGGUUUUUCUAGUGAUAUUUUCUUUUUUGCAUGGUCAACUUGUUGACAGUGUUAUAUUGUCACCCUCCUGUUUCAAGAGUUUGUUAGGCAUUUUUUGGCAGGAAGUUGAAAACUUCAACUGCACCUGUUUUCCAUCUAUUUCAUACCUAAAUCCUGACAAACUGGCCUUUGUUGAGGGACUUGUUAAUUUUUUGUUCAAGUGUUCUUGAGUUACUUGUUAUUUGAAGCAUUAUAUGCUUUUAAUGUAAAAGUUUGGUAGUGAUGGAAUAACUAUAUCUUUUUACAUCGUAUAUGUACAUGUCUUAUAACGCAUAUUGCAUGGCCUCAACUUUCAGUUAAU